AUGGUUUCCGUCAAGCUUCUCCUCUUGCUGGGGUUGCUCUCUGCGGCGACUGCUGUUGUGGGUUCCGCUCACGUCGCGCGUUGUGGACAAAACGAAACCUCAGACUCCUUCACCAACCCAGUGCUCUACGAGGACUACCCCGACAACGACAUUUUCACGGGCCCUGACGGCAAAUUCUACUUCUCAGCGUCCAACUUCCAUUUCAGCCCCGGAUCACCUAUCCUCCGUUCCGAGGACCUUGUCAAUUGGGAACCCGUGGGCCACUCGAUCCCACGCCUCAACUUUGGCGACGGCUACAAUCUCAACAACGGCCGAGCCUACCGUGGCGGCACCUGGGCCUCGACACUGCGCUACCGCAAAAGCAAUGGCCUCUGGUACUGGAUUGGCUGUGUCAACUUUUGGCACACGUGGAUUUUCACAGCGCCCUCGCCCGAAGGUCCCUGGAGCACAAGUGCACGUCUGGGCGACGGCGUAUGCUAUUACGACCUCGGCUUGCUUAUUGACGAUGACGACGCGAUGUACGUCGUUUACGGCUCUGGCAAUGUACGCGUCGCCCAACUCUCUGCAGAUGGCCUUUCCGAAGCUCGCUCGCAGGAAGUCUUCAAAGCCGCCGACGUGGGUGCUGAUUCGAUCGAGGGCAACCGCAUGUACAAGAUCAACGGUACUUACUACAUCCUCAAUGAUCGGCCCGGGUCGACGACGUACAUUUGGAAAUCCGAAAGCCCAUGGGGCCCCUACGAGGCCAAGAUACUCGUCGACAGCGUGACGCCGCCCCUCAACGGCGGCAACUCGCCGCACCAGGGCAGCCUCAUCGAGACGGCAAAGGGCGAUUGGUACUUCAUGUCGUUCACCUGGGCCUACCCUUCAGGUCGUCUUCCCGUUCUUGCGCCCAUCACCUGGGGCGCCGACGGUUUCCCCGUCUUCGUCAAGGGCGCCAACGGCGGCUGGGGAGCCGAAUACCCCCUGCCCUUGCCUGCUGAGCCUCUCUUCAAUUGGACCUUCACCGAGACGUUCGCCGGCUCGUCGCUUGGCCCGACCUGGGAGUGGAACCACAACCCCGACAACGAGAAGUUCAAGGUGAACAACGGCCUGACGCUCAGCACCGCCAGCGUCACGACCGACCUCUACGCGGCGAAGAACACGCUAACGCACCGCAUCCACGGCGAGUUCCCCGUUGGCACGCUCGAGCUCGACUUUUCGUCUCUCGCCGACGGUGACCGCGCCGGCCUCGCGGCGUUCCGCGACCAGAGCGCCUCCAUCGGCGUGGACCGCGCCGGCGACGCGUACACGCUGACUGCUGUGCACGGCAUGAUCAUCGACGAGUGGAACGGGACGACGAUUUCGACGGGACGCGUCGAGGCGACGGCACCGGUGCCUACUGGGGCGCGCAAGGUAUGGCUGCGGGCAGAGCUCGACGCGAGGCCCGCGGGCACGAGAGCGGCGAACUUCUUGUACAGCUUCGACGGCAAGGCGUUCACGACGCUGGGCGGAACGUAUCAGAUGACGAACGGCUGGGCAUUCUUCCUGGGGUACCGGUUCGGAAUCUUCAACUACGCAACCAAGGCACUCGGGGGUUCGGUCAAGGUUGGGUCGUUCACGACAGCGUGA